AAAAAAGAUUUCCCGAUUAGAGGUAUCGAGAACGAUACGUUCUAUGAAAAUGAGACCAAAAUUUUUUUGAAUACGCUGCCAGAAGAACAGCGAUCUCUUCUGCAAACGGCAAUUCAAACCGGAGAACUUGACAUGCACACCUUACGAUCUACUAUUGGCAAUAGAAAAAAGCAAAAUGAAGGAAAGCUUUUGGAAUGGAUACAAGAAAAUCGAAAAAAAACAGUGGAAGAAAUGUCCGCUUCAGUCAUUAAAUUACCAUACUAUGGCCAAUAUUGUGGCAGUUUUGUUGGUCAAACCGUCGAGAGCAAUCACUUCAAUGCAGCGGGUGCGCUGUGGGCAGUUGAUAACCGACGAUUUAUUGUUUCUAAAUUUCACUUCAAUCCUGGAACCUUACUGAAUGAAAAUGUGACCUUUUGGGUUGGCCCAUAUGAACGAACCAGUAAUACUAUAAUCGACAUGACUCCUAACGCUAAUGGCUUCUACUUAAAGCCCCAGCCUAUCAGCUUGACCGUCUUUUAUAAAUCAGAUAUUCAGAUUGUCGAGGCGCGCACUCGCUCAACAUUGACCUCACGCUAUAAGCGAAGUAACUUAUAUACUGAGUUAUCUGAUAAGAAUAUUGUUCAUAUAUUUGAUGAAUACAUGGAUGCUAAGGAAAGCGAUAACAAUUCUGAAAUCAAAGAAAUUACUAAUACGCGAAGUUUGCUAAAUGAAAAUAGCGGCAUGGAAGCUCUUGGAUGGUAUGCUGGCUUUCAGCUACUUUUACUAACUUUACCGGAUAACAAAUGGAUCGGACCAAUCAACUGGAUUGCAAUAUGGGAUCACAAAAGACAACAUGCUAUUGCACAUGUAUCAAUUCCAAAUGGACCAGCAUUUAAAAUACCAGCAAUUGUUCAACUUCGAGGUUUAACCCCCAAUAAUCUAUAUAAUGUGAAAUCGAAAUAUACCAAGAUUCUCGACACAAAAACCAUUGAAAUAAGCGAACUUUACUAUAGAAGCAAUGGUUUAGCAGCUUGGUUCGUUGUUGGGAAGGAUAUUUUACCAAAUAGCAAUGGCCACAUAGUACCAACUUAUGAUAAAAUAAAUAAUAUCUUCGACUGUGAUUCACUUCGUGAUUACACGAACGAAACGAUAAUACUAAAGCUUCCAGGACAUUUGGACAUCAAAGAUGUCUUUUGGUUUUCUGUUUUCUCUAUGGAACAAAGCUUAUCGUUAUCACAUCUUUAUUUUCCAUACAAUGACAUGCAUUUACCUCCUGAUCUAACCGAUAUAUCAGUAAGAUAG